UGGAAUACUUGACGGCCGUGCUGCUGCUGCUGCUGCUGCUGCUGCUGCUGCUGCGUGAGGAAGAGAAACUCGAGGUCGUUUGUUUACAAGGUUCCUAUCUGGGGGUUUAUUCUUGUCAUCGCCGAAGGAAGCUUUCCCGUCUCUAUGCUUGCUGUCUUGGAGUUGACGCCGCCAUUAUGAUGCCUGUCUUCAAAAGCAGCCGCCGCGACUUUGCCUUCGGGCCGUGGAAGCUAACGGCCGCCCGGACCCACAUCAUCAAGUCGGCCGAUGCCGAGAGGUUAGCUGAAGAACUCCAUAUGCCAUGUGUUCCGGAAAUGAUGUUUGGUGACAAUAUCCUAAGAAUUCAGCAUGAACUGUUCUUUGGCAUAGAGUUCAAUGCAACUGAUGCUUUAAAAUGUGUAAAUAACUCCCAAGGAAUGGUUAAAGUUGCUUGUGCAGAAGAGUGGCAAGAAAGCAGGUCUGAGCCCGAACACACAAAGGAAGUUGUUAAACCAUAUGAUUGGACUUACACAACAGACUAUAAAGGAACUCUGCUUGGUGAAACACUAAAGUUAAAAGUUUCUUCUACAACAGAACAUAUAGAUACAGAGAAAUUAAAAGCCAGGGAACAGAUAAUGUUUUUUGAGGAAGUGCUCCUGUUUGAAGAUGAACUUCAUGAUCAUGGGGUUUCAAGUCUGAGUGUCAAAAUUAGAGUAAUGCCUUCCAGCUUUUUUGUGCUGUUGAGGUUUUUCUUGCGAGUUGAUGGAGUUCUUAUUAGGAUGAAUGAUACAAGAAUUUAUCAUGAGGCCAACAAAUCAUACAUGUUGCGGGAAUACACUUCUAGGGAAAGCAAAAUAUCAAAUCUCAAGCACAUUCCCCCAACACUAUUCACGGAUCCUAAUGAGAUUGCCCAGUAUUUGCCCGUCAAAGAAAAUAUUUGUGAGAAGCUGGAAUUUCCUGAGAACUCAUGCCCUGAAUCUGCAGCUGCACCAGAAGGCACUUAAUGAGAGCUGCAUAAUCUGAUGAACUUGAUAUAGACUCUGUUCUUAUCUUCUGAGCCCUUAGCACUGAAGAUGCUGGAUAAAGAUCUGUCUGGAGGCCUGGCUAAAAUUUUGGUAGCCUUGGGUGGGUAAAGCUAAUUUGGAAGUUUUUCCUGUACUUUCAUUGUGUCUCUGUUUUGAAUAUGCUUUGAUCUAAUAGGAAACGGAUGUUUCUGAUAUUGGAGAGUAAAUCCCCAAAUCAGGAUCAGUUAUAUUAAAGUAUGCAACAUUUCAGGAAAGACUGCACAGAUGUUCAAAAAUCAAAACAAAUUCUUCAUAAGCGCAGUAACUUUUAAGGACGUUGUUUUAACAUAGUCUUUUGUUAUAAAAGGACUUGUGUUUCAUAUGGUGUGAAAGAGAAUAAUUAAUUAUGUUUCUUCUCUAGGUUAAAUUUGAUUAAUUUGUUGAGGGAUCAUUGAUGCUUGAUGAGUUCAUGAAAUUUAAUGUAUAUUGAAUGGUAUUCUUAAUAAUACUCGCUUGCUACUUGUCUUAUCAGAUAUGAGCUUUGUUACCUUAUAAACAAAGCUAAAACUUUCACUAAUUUUAAAACAAACAAGCUACAUAAUAAGUUGACUAAGUACAGAUAACAGUAGGAUCCAUUUUUGCCUGAUUCCUACCAUUCUGUCAUAAAUUAGAUGUUAAUAACAACUUGAAAUUGUUAAUGCUCCUUCUUGUCAAUCUGAAGUUACCUCCUUUUAAAAAUAUUGCAAGUUUAUAUUGAUUAGAUGUUAACACAAAUUAAAUUCUUAUAAUAUUUGUAACAAUAUAAAGUAUUAGUACUGGGCUAUUGCAGCUAUGACAGAUAUGCAUACUUUAAGUUGUCAGUAUUUUUGAUAAAAAUGAUUGCACAUAUAUUUAUAAAAUAGUUAUCAAACUGCACCAUUCAUAUAUUUCUUAUAGAAGAUAAACUGAACUAUUGUGGAGAAGUUGUUUCAUCAGUUUAUUUCUAAAACUCAUUUUCAGUUCUUACAUUUUGGUAUAUCUCUCCACCCUAUUUGAUAGCAAGCAAAAGAAUAUUUGAGAUUUUGGUAAUUUUAGGUUUCUUUUUAUAUAUUAUAAUGAUAGACUCAGAAAAUGUCAUUCUGGUAUAAAUAUAUACAUUUCUCUGAUAUGUUUUUUCUUAUCCAUUGCCUCAAAGGAGAAGAGUUUGAAAAUCAAUAAGAUUGUUUUGUCCUUUUUUUAUUCUGUGUUUUGGUUUUGAAAAGCCAAAUAAGUAACUCUUUCAGAAGUACUAAGAUAAGGCAGUCUAAUUCAGUGUCCAUUGUAUUAGCAACAGAUUGUAUUGGACAUUAUGCAGUGUGUUAAGAGUAAAGAUGUAUAGGCUAGCUGUUAGGUUUUAAGCCAUAUUAAGCCUUACCUGAAACAACAAUGAAUGUUCACUACUUUAACAUACAUGCAUAGGAAAUAAUUUAGCCAAGCAGGGAUUUGGCUUGCUUUGAAAAAUGAGUAUGUUUUCCCAAUACAUACAGUAUGUUGACUUCAGAAUUUAUUAAGAAAAAUACAUCAGUCCUAUAUCUUGAGAGAGCUUUAACUAUUUAUACCGCAUAGCUAGUCAUGAUUGCUAGUUGUAUAUGAAAAUAGAGCCAAUGAUUGGAAUAACUAGAAGAAGAAACAAGAAGCAAAAAGAUUUCAAAAGCAAGGACAAACUACACCUACAAAUAUAAAAUUAGUCUUACUUUAAAAUUUCUUUCUAUAAUAUGUGAAGAAGUUAAAUUUAUUUUAUUCAUUCUGUCCUACAACAAAUAGUUGCAUAACUGUCAAAUUCAGACUAGAGAGGGAAAGAAAACUGGAUCCUUAUUCCUGUAUCAUGCAUGUUCCAAUUGACAUUUAACAGGAGUGAAAUCUCCUGUGUGGGAUUUGUUCUUGUAAGCAUUUCCUUGUGAAAUUAACCAAAUUCAUACCUUCAAAAGAUACAGUAUACCAUCAAUAUUUCCAACUUUGAAGUUAAUGAAGACUAUAUUGUGCACCCCUUCAUUUCAAUAGAACAUGUGCAGAACUAUUUACUAAAGUUGUACUCUUGUCAGCAUGAAAAAGGCAUAUGUUGUUUAGUCAGAAACAUGUAAUGGUUUGUGUUCAGUCACAAAAUAAAAAAGUUGCAUUUAGCA